GUUUCCAAACAAGUCAAGACCAUGACAGUCCUCAGCUCCAUGUUGCUGCCACUCUGGCUGUUUCUAUGCUUCGGACUACUGUGUUCUUCUGCCAGCUCUGCAGGUGACAUUGACAACUGCGUCCUCUUCAAUGAGGUCAUCACCACUGGCCAAGGCAUCAUGGCCAAUUCAGAUGUCUAUGAAAGCAACACAAACUACACAGUAUGGGUUCCCGUGAAUGCCAGCGUUAGCUCUGUGGUCCUGCGAGCCGUGGACGCGAACAACAACUCACUGGGCCUCUGGGAGAAAGCAGACAAGGUUUGCCGCAACAGUGCCCUGUAUCGCCUGGAUAACCAGAGGGAUCAGAUCUUCAUGGCAAACUGGGUAUCUCCUAACUCGACGAACAUAACCACAGUCGCGCUACAACACAACCACUUCCCAGAUCUCUACAACCAGGACAAACCCACACCCUACCUCAACAACAGGACACAACUACACGACAAGAAUAACUCCACACUCAACUGCAACAAGAAAAUACCUCUCCACAACCACAACAACCCCACACCCAACCUCAAUGACAAGACACUUCUUCACAGCCAGGACAACCCCAUACCCAGUCCCAAGGACAACCAGCUUGGCCAACAGAACCUUCCUCUGCCCAAUCACAAGUGCCAUUCAAAUCCUGCUGGUGUUUCUCACCAGCAAACUCCUCUCCUAGAAGGAAGCUGA